UCACUGCUCACUUUCAGAAAGCUUUUGUUUCUGCAGCACCACCUUGGCUUCACAGCUGGCAAAAUGAGACUAUUAUGCCUGAUUGCAGCAUAAAGUGCGGGUCAAUUUAACAGGGAUGCAGAGGAGUCUAAACCACAAAUGAAAAAAGGAUUUCUAAAGGACCAACCUUGAUGACUUUAAAGACCCAAAAGACGUGUUUAGAGAAAUCGAGCGCACCCACGUCCGUUGGAAAGGGACGUUAGAAAUCUGAGCCUGAAGGCGUGGAUGUGUGUUUUGAGCAGCGAAUGGACAGGAAAGAUGGAGGACCAGCGGGAUGUUCAAACUUCCAAACGACAAGGCAGCUACAAAUCUGGAUUAUCUGCAGGUUCUGCCAUGGCUAUGGAGAUUAAACGAAAGAAAAUACGAGAAAGCCCUCUGCUCUUACAGAAAGAGAAUACAAGCAUGCAAGAGAAGCUUGCCUUUGAGAUGAGAAUCCGUGAGGGAGCGUACAAGCUGCUGCUGGCCUGCAGUAAAAGGGAACAAGUUCUCAGCGCUUCUAAGAACCUGCUGACCUGCAGCGCCAGGAUCAAGGCUUAUCUAGCCCAGCUGCAGCGGGAGAAAGGAGAGCCGGACGCGAUAAGAGCAGAGAGAAGGCUUGGAUCUUUUCGUUUACCCUGUACUGGCACCAUCGCAAUUACUGGCCUGCGGUUCCCUUUAUUGUGGAGGGAUUCAGACCAUUUUAACAACAGAGGAAGCUCUCGUCGGGUUGCGGUGUUCUGUCUGAUGCAGAUUGGCUCUGAAGUUUUUGACACCGACAUGGUUGUUGUGGACAGAUCCGUCACCGAUAUCUGCUUUGAGGGAGUCACCAUAUUCAAAGAUGUAGUUCCUCAAUUUGAGCUGAAGGUGGAGCUGUGGAGCUGUUCACUGGAGGAAGAGCUCACCUUGUCCAACACACCAAAGAAACUUGCAAAGAAGCUCCGUAACUCCUUGGGAAAGAGUGCUGGAAAGAAGCUCUGCUCCCUGCUGGACACUCCAGACCCUGAUAGCUUCCUGCAGGACAACCCAAUACCUUUGGGAGCCAAAUACAGCCUGAUGGCGUGUACAACACUCGGCCUGCCUGAUGCUGAUAGCAGCUUUCAGUCUCACUCCCUCAUCGUCUACCAAGAUGCUGAGUGGUCAUCUUGGCUCCCCCUUUACGGCAACCUGUGCUGCCGGCUAGUGGCACAGCCGGCCUGCAUGACGCAGAGCAUGAUGAACGGCUAUUUGAGUCAGAAGCAAAGUGUGGAGGGAGUAAACCGCUGCUGCAAUCUCUACUGUGUGCUGAGCGCCGGCUCUUUGUCCUGUUACUUCACCCCAGAAGAAAUCGAUGCUAAAGUGCAACCGACUCUUAAUGUGCAAAUCAAUAAUGAGACCCGGAUUUGUGUGCUGGACAAAGAGAGAGGUGGCCGAACAUCUAAGAGUUUGUCAAUCAUCAACCCUUCACCCGAGGGAUCUCAGAAUGUUGUGUUCACUGCGGACUCCAGGGAGGAGCUGGAGGAAUGGGUAGACUCCCUCCACCAGCACCUCUAUGACCAGAGCCAGUGGCUUCACUGCUGCGAUCGGCUAAUGAAAAUUGAGGUGGCAUCACCACGGAAACCAUCACUUUUCCUGGCCAAGCAGGCCGACUCUGUUUACAACGACCUCAGUAUAAAUUCGCCCAGCAAGUUUGAGAGCAUCACAGACAUAAUCCAUAGUAAAAUAGAAGAGACAGAUGGCCGCUUCCUUAUUGGGCAGGAGGAGAAGACGGAGGCCCCUAACUGGUCCUCUCUGUUUGAUGGGUCCCAUUCAGUGGUGGUGGAGAAGAGUUUGUUGUCCCAGAGCAAAACCUCCACCCCCUGUUCAAGCCCAAACCACAACACCAGCUCCACCCCCCUCAGCAAUAAGAAGCGGCGGGCUCCGCCCCCUCCCUCUGAUGUAAAGCCUUAUUCCAACCCUCCCUGUCCACCCAGACCUCCCCUGCCCUCCUCUCUGCGUCACCCACCUCCUCCUCCAAACCAGGAGAAGGAAAACUCCGGCACUUCAAUUUCACGUCCAACCAUGAGGUCCAAAACGGGCAGACCCUCUCUGGAUGCCAAGUUCUCUGCUAUCAUCCAGCAGCUCCAACGGAACAACGCCGGAGGCGCAGCUGCUUCGAGCCGAAAGAACGCUCCACUGGCCGUCCUGGACAUGCACACCCAGGGUCCAACUCAGCUGUCACUACAGCAGCCUGACUGCCAGAACCACAGCCUCCAGAUCCCCGAGGAUGCAGCCGAUCCUGUGUUUGUCAGAGGCUGCAGUGGUACCGGUCCCGUUCCGGCGCCACGCACUAAGCUGAGGAAGUCUUUCAGAGAGAGGAUGAACCUCUAAGCUGUGUGAUACCAAACUUUUCUGAAUCCUUCCAGCCAAACGGUUCCCAAAAACUCACCACCAGCAUUAAUGUUAUUUUCACUUUGGGGUUUGAAAUUAUUCAUUCCAAUUUUCAGAAAAUGUGAUUUAUUUUAAUUUUUUUUCUUUAAAGGAAGUUUGGGUGCAUA